AUGAAUCAUCCAGCGGAAAAAGUUGACGAUCUGCGACUUCGGCCAGCGCGGGGAAUACGAAAGCGGACUAGCGCGCUGGCGGUGUUGCACCGUUGCACGGAGAUUGAUGCUCGGCCCGGAAGGUCAACGACGACCAAACAUUGCUUCGAAGAGACCGUUGACAUAGUCUCCAUGCUUUCAGUGCGGCGCUCAUCAUGCGUGCUCUUACUCUCAUCUAGUCGCUUGUCAUUAGCAGCGACUUUGUCUGCUCGCACAAUAACCACCCUUGCCUCGUCUAAGUUUGCCGACCUCGUAUGUCGGAGCUCGUCCAAGCAUCAAAUCUACCAGUCGCUCUCGUCCGACCCGUUCACCAACCUUUCAAUUGAGCAAUAUCUUCUCCAGAAAACACCCGAGGACUCCAAUAUUCUCUUCCUAUACAUCAAUCGGCCGUGCGUCGUGGUCGGCCGGAAUCAGAACCCUUGGCUCGAAACGAAUCUAAAAGCUUUGCAAAAAGCAGAUCCCCCCACCUCGUACUCUGCACAUGAUGUGCUCUAUGUUCGACGACAUUCUGGCGGCGGAGCAGUGUUUCAUGACGAAGGAAACUUGAAUUACAGCGUUAUCUGUCCGCGAGAUGUCUUCACGCGUGAUCGACACGCCGAGAUGGUGUCAAGAGCGCUACGGAGCAUUGGCGCAUCCAACGCAACUGUCAAUGAACGACAUGAUAUUGUAUUGACGCAAAUACCGAGCGAAUUUGACAGACAAAGCAAUACGGCAGGAAUAGAAGAUCCGCCGGAAGAAGCUACUCCGAAAGCUUUAAAAGUGUCCGGCUCAGCAUUCAAAUUAACGAGAAACCGAGCGUUGCAUCAUGGUACUUGUCUGCUGGAUUCGCCUAAUAUAAAUAACUUGGGUGCAUAUCUCAGAUCACCUGCUAGACCAUAUAUUCAUGCCAAGGGCGUAAGCAGUGUACGGUCUCCCGUUGGGAAUGUUUCCGCAGGUCUUGCUAGCUUUUCAAUGCAGGACGCAGUGAUGAGUAUAAUCGAUGAGUUUUCGCAUCUCUACAAGACCGGAAACGAUAUCCUAGACCAUGCGAAGCGCUUCGAUAUGAAGAACAGUGAGAUGAGUGCAGCAGGCGAUUGGGUUACAGGAAUCGUUGGAGACACCCAGGCGCACGAAAUCUCAGAAAUUCAAAGCACCUCUGAAUUGAUGAAGUCAACCGAGUUCAAGUUUCUCCAAACCCCGGAAUUCACGUUCUCAACUUUUCCAAUCGAGGGCGAUUCCAGGCCCCGGCCUCCAUUGCCAAAUUUCCUUCCUCCUUCGACGAAAGUACACAUUCGUGUCAAGAAAGGCAUUGUACUAGAGGCUUCCAUUUCCACCUCAUCCGAUGACGGAGAUAUAAUGAAAGCCCAAGGAUCGCGAAGCCACGAAUUACUAUCGAACAAUAUCCUUCAUGAGAUGGACAAAGAAGACUGGAGGCAAGUCAUUAAAUCAAUCGUCGCUAUUGAUAAUGGCCUUCUACAGCCUAUGCAUGAGGUGGCUGAUCAUUUGACGGAUUUCGUGUGCGACAAGUUUGGUGUGUAA